AUGACGAGGCCCGGGCCAGAAGAGAGACCGUUCUUAUGGACAGUGCCACAGGCCGUGAAAGACGUCCUGCCCAAGAGCAUCCGAACGAUCUUCAAUUGCCCAGAGGAUGAACCUUUUCAGGUUGUCCGUAACUUAGACGUUGCGGACUUGUUCGCAGGAACAGCCCGGAUUGCUCGCUGGGCGGAGCUGCUUUCCCUGAAAGCUGUGGCUCUGGACAUGUCGUACAGCGAGCACCUCAACCUCUUGGACAACAUGGGGCUCGCUCUGGCCAUCAUCGCCCUACUCCGGGUCCGGGCAGGGGGCUUAUGUUUCCUCGGACCACAGUGCUCAUCCUGGAUAUGGUUGAGCAGGUCGGUUACGAAAAGAAGUCCCAGGGACCCGCUGGGAGAUGCGUCCAUACCGUGUGUGUAUGACGGCAACAAGCUGAACCGAGUAGUUGGUUUGCUUGUGACUAUCGCCUUUUUGAUCAACGUGGAGUGGGUCGUGGAACAGCCGUCAUCCUCUCUCUUCUUCCACACACAAUUGUGGCGGGCGAUCUUACGGGAGCAAAACCCCUGGCAACGCUGGCUUAACUUGAAGGUGUUCGGUCACGCGUCACAGAAGGCCACGCUGCUCAUUGGUACACAGAGGUCUCUGGCUUCGAUGGGCAAAGAGUUGAGCAAUCAGGCCAAGAUCCGGGGAAGCCGGAAGUGUGGCAAGCCCUCGCCGGCCAAAGCGAAGGCGAAAGCGAAGGCAAAGGCCAAAGCGAAGGCCAGCUUCAAGGUCAAGGCGAAAGCAACAGUCAAACGUGCACCAAAGGCCACGGCAGCGAAGACUCCCAGUGCAAGUGGUGGCGACGGCAAGAGGAAAGUCACUGGGGACCCCGAGAAGUUGAAGGAAUCACAGGAGUACCCGGUGAAGUUUGCUCUUGCGGUUGUGAAAGGGCACUUUCCAGAGGCUGCGGCAGCCUCGAGAUAA